CGACACCGGGCGCGGCACCGCGGCGCCGCGCCGGGCGUGCGGGCCGGCGGCGGGGGCCGCGGGCAGCGCGGGGCGCGGAUCGCUCCGUCCCGCUCCCGGCGGUCUCGCCUGGCGUCCCGGCACAGCUGUGUGCGGUGCCUGCCGCCUCCGGAGAGCGGGGUCUGGCACUUGGAUCCCUUCCUGAAAUGGUGCCAGCAGCCUCAGCUCGAAUCAAGCGCUUGCAGUGGCGGAUACGUGCCAGGAGAGCAGGGAAGGCUCUGGUGCUGCCGAAGGGAGGACAACAAGCUGGGGAUUUCAGAGAUUAUGGCAUCUGAAGCUCACAAUGUUAAAAAACAGAAAGUAUUGCAUAUUGAAGGUUGUCCCAUUGAUCUCCCCAGAAAAAGAAUCUCUUCUUCCACUAAAAAGAUCAUGAAGGAGGGUAAGAAAUCUCCAAAACAGCUGGCUUCAUACACAAACAGAGUAACGGUUGGAAAAACGGUGACCAGUCCCCUCUCUCUUUUCAAAGUGGUAUAUUGUAAAAGGAAAGUUCAUUGUUAUACUCCAAAGCCUUGUUACAGAAAGAAACUGUGCCCUAAAUCUAGGGGCCGUGACAUGGCAAAUAAAGAAAAUGAACUGGCUUGUGCAGGGAAUCUGCCAGCAAAACUUCAAAACAGCCGUACACACUUGCUGAAUUCUAGUGACUCUGGCUCAUCUCAAACAGAGGGUCCCUCAUCCAAAUACAGCGCAUUUUUUUCAGAGGUUUCUCAGGACCAUGAAACUAUGGCUCAAGUUCUUUUCAGCAGGAAUCUGAGACUGAACGUGGCUUUAACCUUUUGGAGAAGGAGAAGUAUAAGUGAACUGGUAGCCUACUUAGUGAGGAUACAGGAUCUUGGAGUAGUAGUAGACUGCCUUCCUGUGCUUACAAACAGUUUACAGGAAGAAAAACCAUAUGUUUCAGUUGGCUGCUGUGUAGAUCUUUUGCCUUUAGUGAAAUCUCUGCUUAAAAGCAAAUAUGAAGAGUAUGUGAUAGUUGGUUUAAACUGGCUUCAGGCUGUCAUUAAAAGAUGGUGGUCAGAACUAUCUGCACAUACAGAAAAGGCAGAAGAUGGAAACAUUCAUAUUUUAAAACAACAGCUAAGUGUUUUAUGGGAACAGGAGAAUCAUCUUACUCUGGUUCCAGGAUAUACUGGUAAUAUAGCUAAGGAUGUAAAUGCUUAUUUAUUGCAGCUACACUGACAUGACGGGGAAACAAUCCCCUAAAGUAUCCGUGAAAUACGUACUGAAAGCCUUUUGAGAAAUACUGGCAGAAGAGAACUGAACUGUCAAGCUCUUUAAUGAAACCACUAACAAAACUCUAACAAUCUACUUCACAUUGAAGUGGAAAAAUGUCUAGUAGGAGCAACUUUUACUUCAGUGAGGUGAAAGUGCACUAUGAAAACUGUAUGCCUUUGCUGCAUUUGGGAUUCACUCAGUUAGUAGGUAUUCCUUUAAAUGCUACUGUAUUUUACAUCAUCGAAUAAAAGAAGAUGAAUCAUACUGUUAUGAAGACAGGACAGCAGAACCAGUUAUAAGGAACCAACAAACACAAUCAGCAUUAAGAGCUUUUAAAUGUCUCUUUCACAAGAGAACUCCAAAAUGCACAACUAUCUUCCAAUUACAUAAAAAAUACAAAAAACUUUGGGAUAUACAGUUACUUCUAUGUUUUAAUCAAAUUAUUAAAGAUGGGUUUUGUUUGCACUAUUGAGAAACUAUACAGCAAAGAUGCCUUAAUUACUAGUGUUUCAAAAAGCCAAUGUAUUAAGAUGCAAAUAGCUAUUAUGUUCAGAUUGUGAUGAAAAACUACAAAAAUCAGGGUUUCACAUUGUGUAGUUAAUGAAACAUUGCACAUAUACAAAGAUUCAUGUAUGAAAAAUAUUAUAAAUACCUGAAGUUAAGCUUGGAUAAACAGUUACUGCAAAUGUCAGCAGAAUGGUGAAUUUAUGUCUAACAAAUGUUUUUAUACUGUAUGUGGAUUUCUAACACAGUAAUCUUGUUCUGUAUCAUUCAAACUACAUGCAAAUAAGUAAAUAUAUUAAAUAUAUCUACUGUUUUUUCUUUUCAAGUUCCAAAAAAUCAAUUUCUAGAAUAAUCUCUUCCACAAUACUUUUUAUCAUAGAUAUUUAUGUCUCUUAUUUGAAAUGUUUACAGCCAGGUGAGGCCAUGUUAUUCAAAUCACACCCUUUUUAUACUACCUCCGUUAAGAAAGUGACAAAGAGCUUUUUUAAAAUUGGUCAAGUUCUAACCUGAUCAAUGGCAAAUUCAUACCAACAACAGCAUUGAAAAUACAGCUAUAAACUUCUACUGUCAUAUUGAUAUGCUGUUCCAUUUUAAUUUAAAACCUAUGUCGUUAUAGCUCUGAGGGAGUCUUAAUCUUAGACUUGCUGUUGCCUUUUUAAAUUUUGUGAUUAGGAAGCAUGCUUUUUCAAUUAAAACUUGAGAAGUGCCAGCUCUUCACUUAAAAGUAUACAUGCACAGCAUGUAUGACCAAAUAGCCUACUUCCUUAAAAAUAAGUACUUGCAAGGGUUGUUUUCAUACCUAGCAUUAAGCAUGUGCACUUUUAUUGACAUGCAGGAGAAAGGUCUUUUGAUAGCCCUGAGUUUUUGCUCUAGAGAUUAAAUUAAUUUUAAACUCCUGUAGUGGUCAAUAACUUCAGGCCUCCUGUUGCUUAGAUUUGUGUUUAGUUUAUGUAUCAUUGUUGCUGACUUCUGAAGGCCAGCUAGAAAUCUGUCAUUAGAACUUGGUGCUUUUGGUUGACUGUUCUGUAAACCACCAAAGUUUUGCAUUUCCUAGGGCAGUCAGUUACAAAGAGGUUUUGGGACAUCCAGAAACUUUGUGGGACAAUCUGGAGACAUGCAUAUAGGCAAUCUUUUUGCUAGAAUUGUUAUAUAUCAUUACAGAUACUUCAUGCUCAAAAAGUUUUGAGAUAGGACUUUUCAAAUAUUCUUACUGUCAAUUAAGAAUCUAAAGGAACUGUAGUAUGACAACAUUCUUGUAUUUUCUAUUGAAUGCUUAAAUGGAAAAGUAACAAAGUCUAGUUUCAUCAUUUGGAUGGCAAUUGCUGAAACUCUUCGAUUAUUCCUCAAGGAGAAUACUGUUUAUAGAAACUCACAUCUUUUUUUCUUUUUUUUUUUUUUAAUAGACAAAAUAAGUCAUGGUCAUUUAUUUCUGAUAAUAUAAGAAAGCAUAGUUGUAAUUGAUUAAAUGGAUACUCUAGUAUUUAAAAAUCUAGCUUGAAUAUAGAUUUAGAUACAUGGGCUUAUAAUGAAUUCUGUAUGUGGCCAUUGAGUUACCAAAUCCUAAAUGUGGACAAUGCUUUUGUUUUAGAGGCAAAGUAAGAUUGACUUGAGGAUCAUUACUAAGGAAUAGCUAAUAAAGUAGUGCAUUCUUUUUAACUGCCAGAAGUUGUAUUUUGACAGGAUCAAUAAUACAGUAUUAAACAUUAGCAUCUGUGCCUUAUUUUAAAUGAUUUUUUUACUGUUUUCAGGCAGCUACUAGACUGUAAGAACAGGAUUCAGGUGUCUGUAUUAUUAAAUUAUUUUUUCCAUCAUGUUCUUAAUUCAUUUAAACUAUUCACACUAAUACUCAGGCUCAGCUUCUUGUAUUCUCUUUAGUUCUCAAAUGGCUAGGAAUCAGUUUUGCUGUUACUGAAUGUACAUGUGUAAUACCUGAUCAAAGUCGGCAUGAGUUAAAUGUCUUAACAGCUGUGUAACUCCACUAGAUUCAUAUAGUUGUCUCAGUGCAUCUAAGAAUUAAGUUUAUGAGCUGUCCCAUGCAUAAAUGCUAGUUUUUGUGACACUUUCUGAAAAUGCUGUUUCUAAGAUAUGUGAAACUGAUGUCUUUGAAAAACAGUGUGUCUUUCGCCUCAGUGUUGCCCAAAAGUACGUGAGGCUGUUUUGGUGAAGGUUUUAAGUGUGAUCCAGGAUUUGCUCAUCCCUGAAACUGAAAUUAAAGGAUCUUUCUGGCAAACUGUCUCUGCAGGUCUGAAAAAAAAAAAAGCCCAGUAUUUUGUAAAUGUAAGUGUCCGAGUUGAGGUAUUGCUGAUAGCUUGCUGAAGACUGGAGGUGGAAAUAGCUAUGCCAUGAAUUAGCUGGGUAUGAAGAAUUUAGCAUGUCUUAAUGAUCAUGUCUGUCUCUGUUUUGAAGGAGCUAUGCCUGUUUCUCAAGAAAGAGUCCUCUACUCAUGUAUCACACAGAUACUGCAGUUCCACAUCUUAAUAAUGCUUGCAGAUUGUUGCUUGUUAAAAAAAAAAUAGCAUCAGCCCUCCAAGAGCUUAUCCUCUGCAGUGAGAUAUAAAUAAAAUGAUUUUUUCCCUCCUGUUAGGUUGCUUUAUCAGAGGCUGCAGUUUUAACACUUGAGGUGCAGGAGGAAUGGGAGAGUAGGAGAGGACAAAGUACCCAUGCCCUAUGCUGAGUGACAUCAGCUCCACUGCAUUAUAAAGCAGGCUGUAUUUUCGUUUUCUGGCAUCUGAAGUGACCAAGUUUGGAGUUAAACGUCUUUAUGCAUUUUGUAUCGAAAAGAGAAAGGUUUUGAAGAUGGAUACUACAGUGUUAAUUUGUGCUUUCUUUGUUGUUGGGGUUUUUUUGGGUUUUUUUUUUUUGGUUUUUUGUUUGUUUGUUUGUUUUUCUUGAAAGAGUGGACAUUCUUGUGUGUGAAAACUUGCAAGUGUCUUAUGUGAGGCUUACAUUUUAAACUAGCAAGUGGUUGCUUUUGCCCAUUCAUCUUGCCAGAUCUUCCAGUUCUGCAGAAGACAAUGUCUGUCUUAGUGUGGAGAUUUGCAGCUAUUUCUUGUGCCUAGUUUUUUGGUGCAAAGUGAAACUGGUGGUUUGUAGUCAUCUUAUUUCAGGAUACAAAACCAUGCAAAUGAUAGUACUAGUGUGAAGUUAUUCCAGCUUUGCACAAUGCAAAUGGUAAAGUUUAUGAAAGCAGUUGAUUCUUAUGAGAGGAACUUUAUAUUGAACUGAUGUUGCAUUGGUGAAGGAAAAAAAAUGAAGCAGUUUUUAAUAGCCUUGGUAAAAGCCAGACAGUGUAGUCUAAUUUUUGCCUUCAGUCUACCAUCCUACACACAGUAAUCAUUGUAGGCUACAGAUAAAGAUUCACAGGGAAAAUAGAUUGAGCUUGUGUUAUUAGUGCUUAUGUUAUCCUUCUUUAAACAAUCUAUGUUUAUUCCAUGAGUUGAAUAUCUUGUUUGAUGUCUCUGAAUGAAACUAAAUGCAACUAUUUUUCUGCCUCUUUCCACAUAUAUUCUUUAGCACUUAAUGCUGUUAUUUAUUGCUCAUCUACUUUAAAUACACUGAGUGUGUCUUGGUUAGAAGUGAGGAGGGGAAGAUGAGAAUUCUAGACAAAACACAUAGGGCUAGCUAUUUAACAUGAUUCAAUUUGAAGCAACUGGGAAGAAUUUCUGUCUUUCAAAGGUGAUGCAAAUUUUGUUAAUACCUACAAAUUGAAGUGUGCACUCACAGCUCUAAGUUUGACUUUGAAUUUGGUUGGAAAAAAAAUAAAGUGCUUUCAUUUUAAAUAACUGUAGCUGCAGUAUUGUUUCUGUUCUUGUUUUUUGCAUUGAGUAUCAAGCUGGACUCAGAUAUUAACCUGCCAUAAGGGAGGCAGAAGGUGUAGCACUGUCCCUUAAAGGGAUAAAAUUGAAAUACCCACAUAGUCUUCAACUAUUGCAGACUUAGAAUAUUUUUGUUUCUGUACUGAUGGGAGUUUUGUAGUGUAUCUCUUUAUGUAUAUUGUGGCUGCUAAUCAUUGCUGUAAAAUAAGAUCUGCUACUUUCAGCUUGAAUGUGAUCCAAAGGGGUUGUGAUUCAUACAGAUCACUGCUUCAGUUCAAGCAGUCAUUACUUUGAGUGCUGUAGAUGAGCAACUAAGUGUUGGGGUCUCAGACACCUGUUCUUUGCUGUAACAAAACACAAGGACACCAUAUUUAUCUUUCCCACCUUUUUAUUCUUUCUUUAUUCUUUUACUUAAGUGUUUGAAUCCCCUUUGGAAAGUGAUAGAUGCCAACAUGUGAUAAAAUGCUUUUACAAAUAUGCUUCUGACUUCUUUUAAUAUAGUUCUGUGAAUAACAGUUUUCUGUGGAUUUGGGGAGGAGGCUGUUCUCUGUAUGUAUAUAGGUUGGAAAUAAACAGAACUAGUGGACUUCACUGUAACUGUAAUCGUAUUCUUGAUACUUUCUUUUUUCCAUAAGCACUGUGUAUAUUGUGAAACAAUUAACCCUAAUAAUCUAAAUAUACAGUUACAUUCCAAAACUGCCUCCUCCUACAGGUGUAAGUCUUGAAAUACAUAUGCACCCUAGUAUUGUGCUUUAAAGUGAUCUGUAGACAAUUUAAAAUAGCUCUUGUAAUUUAUGAUGUGUCUUUGUCAAAUUGAAUCUAUUGAACUUCACUUUCAAAAAGUCCAGUUUAUGUUUGGAUCUUGCAGUUGCCACUUCUACUCGUUUCAGAUAUUCUAUGGAUUUAAACAUUUAGUGCAGCAAGUAUUCCACCUUCAGAAAAAUAGCUGAUCUUUUUGUCUUUUGUGAUAACAGGCUUUCAUUACAUCUCUUCUGCAUGAGACAAACCUCUUUUCUGCAAUUUUUAGGAGGGUUUCAGAGGAGGGUUGCCACAUAAACCUAUGGCAUUUUCUAAAUGGGGAAACUCCAUGAAUACAAGUAGCUGUUAGGACAAUGCACAUUUCAUUACUAUUGAAUUGUCUUUUUUUUGUGUGAAUCAGCUAUCCUAUUAUCUACUUAGUCUAGAUAAAAGUAGAAUGAUGGGUUAUUGGGGAGUUGAAGUUGUAAAAGCUCUUGGCUGUAAGAAACUACAACUGCUCUUUCCAUUCUGACAAAAUUGCUAGAAUGAAUGCAAAAAGGAGCUAUUUUUUAUGUUUGGUUCAGAGAGCAGACAUCUCUUUAUACUUUCUGUGUCUGCUAAUAGUACUUUGUCUUGAAGCUUAAAGGCAUAAGCAUUUAUGUGUAUUUGCUUAAAAUUCUAGUUAUUAAAAUAACAAGUUUCUGACUGAACAGGAAAAAAACCCAAACUUGCUGCAUUAGUUAAUUUCUGGAUGACUCUGCUACCUCGUGUUUCAGCUCCAGGAAACAGUAAAUUGCAAAAAUACAAUUAACAAUCACGGUACAAGUAGUGAUAAAACUUUAUUUUCAGCGUUAUAAGUGAAGCAGUAUUACUAGUGAACCAGUAAAGCAAAGCAGGACUAAAGACAUAGCUGCCAAGUUUUGUUCUCAACCUUGUGUUUUAGUAUGUCUAAAAAGCUUGACUUCAGUCAGCCAAAAUGAGCAGUUAUCGAUGGGAGUGUUAAUUCUGGCAUAGUUCUGUGCCAGCAGCCAGCAUUAGCAUAAUAAUAAGCAGUGAGCCCUGCCUACCAGAGCAACUGUCUUUUCACAAAAAUUUUCUUAGAGCCUUGGUUUUGGUUGUUUUGUUUUGUUGUAAUGUUAACGUGUUUUUGAAUAAAGAGAGCAGACGGAGUUUUCUAAAUCUGUUAAUUGGAUGAUGGGGUAGUCCUGUAAGAGGUACCUCUAAAAAUACUGUCCUCUGAGUGGUGACAUCAGUAAUUGUUACAGGGGGUUGAGGCUUGAAUGCAGGCACAUUCUCAGCAGGACUGGCCAGUGUGUGCUGUCCUGGAUGGCAGUGUAGGGAAUUGCAUAAAACUGGGGAAGGAGGAGUGUUUGUGAUACGGUACAAAAGUUCCCAUUACCUGAAAAGUGUGCCUGUGUUUGUUGGGAGAUUGGGGUAUGAUGGUAACUGCAAGUCUUUCCAGUCCCAUGUGCCGAAUCCACAGCACUGAGGCACUUCACAAAGGAAGGCUGGAGAGCUGAUGAUCAUAGAGCAGUCAUCUUCCCUCACAGUUGCUGCUUUUCCACCCUUCUGACAUGUUGGGGCACAUCUGCUUGGCUGAAUUUCCAGCUCCACGUCCUUGUCACUUAUCCAAGUGAGAAUAAAAUGCCUUCAUAUUUGGCACACCUAGUUUCCCAAGUGAUGUCUUGUCCCUCAGGUCUUCCAGGUUCUCACUACAAAACAAAUUAGUGAAAACUCAGAGGCUUAGGAUUCUGCCCUACACAGAGCAUCUGUGGAGGCCACUAUGAUAUUUAAGAUGCAGCUGUUGUAUUAAGAGGGUUUGUGUGUGUAUAAAUGUUUUUUAAAUGUGAAUGCCCUACCAGUGUUCUACCGCCUAUUAAAAAUGCCUACAGUUCUGAACCUUUGCAAAUGGCAGGCUGGUGACUAGUUAGGGAGGAAUCCUGCUUAGGGAGCGAGUAGUUUGUUAGCUUGCAUUGGGAAUUUUUUCCUAUUCACCCAUCUUGCCUCCCCCUCUGAGUGCAGUUCUUUAAAUUUGUUGGUGCUGGUUUGACUUUUCAUUUUUAAAAGCUUAUGUCUUUUAUGGUUUUCUGACCACACAAAAUAAUUGGGAUGUUGGGUAGAGUUAGAACGUACACAAAAUGCUGUAUAAGCACGUUUCCAUUAAUUUCUGUGCAGAAGUAUCGUUUUUGCCCUUUCCUCUGCACUGCAGUACAUUUAUUUUUCUAGUGGUUGCAUGUCCCUUAACAUCUUCAAAGGGCUUCUUUCCACUUCACAGUUCUUGAUUCAAAAAGCAGAUUAGUUUCUCUGCAGAAGAACAGAGAAGGUUGCUGCCAAAGUUAAAAACCAGAAACGGGGAUGGGGGUGUGGGUGGGACAGAGGCGACGGACAUGACACGACCCAACAAAAACCACCAAACUACAAACAGCAAUUCUAAGCUCAACCCAAACCAAAAACCUAGAAUUCAGUUGUCUCUAGCAUAAAGUAGUGCUGCGGCCAAAUGACAACAAAUGCUGCUCUCCAUUUUUCAUUAAAAAAAGCACAUAAGAAUGCCUUUCUGAGCAAAGAGUCUCUGAUGUUACAAAUUGUUUGGAAUUUUUUAGGGUUAGUGCACUGUGAUUUAAUUUACUUUCUAAGUGAGUAUUCAGUUUGUGACCUCAGCCAACUUACUCUGAAGGGCUGUAAAUAAGAGAACGCCCUUGGAGCUUUUCUUCACAACUGGCAGCUUGCUAACUUCAUCUUUUACCUUUGGGACUAGUGAGGCAUAUUCCAGCAUUUCUGUUUGCAAGAUUUGGCAUACACACUUCUGAUGCUGCUUUCUUACUUGAUACUUCUCUCGGAGCUCUGGAAAAUGAGCAUUUAGCCUCUGGUGAUUCCUUUAAGUUCAGUUUGGUUGAAACAGUUCUGAUGUCAAGGAUUUUGCUUAUGUGAAAGGAACUAUAAGAUCUCUUUUCCUUUGUAAACUCACCAAAUCUAAAUCUUGAUUGUAAUAGGCUUCUGUAUUAAGAAAUCAUUAAUCUACAGACCUUAGUAUCCUCAUUCGUACUUCUUUUCUGACAAAAUUGAUUUGUCUGUUGUUCCUUUGUGGUAUUUACUCACCUUAUAUUUUUCCUACCUUGUGGAGCAGUUUCUAUCCAUUAGCCCUAAGGUAUGUCUCCAAGAUACUGCUGUCCAUGUGUUUCUGCUUUAGCAUAAUUGUCUCAUUUUUCAGGCAUUUAUAUGAGGUUGUCUUUUGGCCAGGAAAUGCAUUCAGAACUUGAACUUAUUUUAAUAGUCCAAAAUAAUGUCUUCACUGGUGCUUUGUAUGGUUUUUGAUGAAAAUACCAUUUGUGCUGGCUUUGCAGCAAUAUAAUUGAAUUUUGUGGUCUCAACAAUGAGAGACUCAAGUGAGGGGAAGAACUAAUUUGGGUCAGAUGGCUCCAGCAAGCCCUACCUUUUCUUCCCACAUCUAGUGGUGAAAUAAAAGGAAGAUAAGCAGCAGUUACUGAUUUAAGAAUGGGUUGAACCCAGCCUCAGUCACAGCUACUGUCUUAUAUAUAUGGCUGCUUCUCAUGGCAUUGCCAACUAUUGUCAACAGUCAGCUAUGCAGAGCUGUGGCAUGUGUGGAGCAGCUGCAGCACUGCUCCCUGACCUGCUUGGUGAGCUUCAGACAACAGCAUCAACUCUGCUAAGAGACCCUUUUGGUGAACCCUUUGUAGGAUUCUUUCCUAGCGGAACUGCCCUUAGAUUUUCCAAACUCUCAUCUACAGUUGUGUUGACAAUUCAGUUAUAAAAUAACCUGUUUUUCUUUCCUGUAUGUGCCUGCUCUAGGUUGAGGUGUGACUUGUGUGCUUUGUAAGCAAGGAGAAUCUUCUCGUUUUAAAUUUGAAGCUCAGACUUUCUAAUCUGCCUAUGUUUUGUCUGCCACAGAGACUUUCUAGCCAGAUACUGGGCUGUGUAAAAGCCUGCAGUGGGACGUGCUGGUGGUUCACCUGUGCUCAAACUCUCUGUGGCCUUGCUGAAGGAUGCUUCUCUUCCAGGUAGACACACUGCAGCCUUUAAGAGGUCCAGGUGCUUUUUCACUGAGCAUCACACUAUUUUAUGGACAAAGAGAUAGCACUACCCCAGUAAAAAAGCAUUAUCAUUUUCAGAGAUGAGCAGAGUGGUAGGUUUGAUUUAGGUUGUUUGUUUCUUUUCUAGACAGGUAUUACCUGGAACCUCAGUGCAAUGUAUAUUUUUGUUAAGUGUUGAUGCACUGUUUCUUCCGCUCUCUGUCUCACCCACCUGUCCCCACAACUUCUGCAUGAAAACAAAGCCGUCCUGGCAAUUACUUGAUUUUGUUCCUCCUCCUAAUAUUUUGACAUGCCAAUAUCUAAAAACAUACCUUUACACUUGCAAGAAGUACUUCUAAUCUAGACAGCAGAGUCUGUCACCUGGAAUGAGCACCAGUUUUAAGAUGCUUUGCUAAUUCUUCAGGCUUGCAGGAGACAGUAAAAGUUGUAGAUAAAAUCCUGCAGCACUCUUUCAGUAACACUCACAGUUACUUUAUUUGCCUAAAAUAAGAAUCUAAAAGCAAAGCAAAAAGCUACAUUCAGGACUUCUGCUAUCUGUGGCAGAGCUACUACUUGCAGUGAGCCCUGGAUUUUACCAGGCAUUAUACAGAGCUUCCCAGAGGAGCCUGCUGUCAAAUAUAUUUACAGUACAUUUACAAAUAAUGAAAGCAAGUAGCCAGAGGGAAGAAAAGGCAUUGAAAGGUCACUUAUGCUAUUAUUUUCUUCCAAAAAUGUAUGAGAAAUAGAAAAAUGAGCCGUUUUUAUUUAGCUCAAAAAAUUGAGGAAGGAAACAUAGGCAUCCAAACCCAUGAAUCAUAUGGCAAGAACAAAACUUCAUGCUGCAAUUAGAGACAUAUGAUAAUGCAAGUAUUAUAAAGCUAAAAAUUAGUUCAUUUAACCCCACAGUGCUUCUUUGAGAAUCGGCAAAUCAUACAUCAGGUUAAAUUAUUACAGUUAAAAAACAAAGUAUAGAUGGAAUCACUGUGCUCCCAUAGGACUCUUACUUACCCAUAGUCUAAGGCUGUCAUAGAUAUAUUUGAGUCAAACAGGAACUACUACUUAUUGCAAAGCUGUUAAACAUGUUGCUUUAAUGGAACUGUUUAACACACUGAAUAGCAAUGUAGCAACGCAUAGAAAAUUAGCUUGUUUGCCAUUGAUUAAUGAUAGAUCAUGUGUGCAGUUCCCCAGAGUGGGACAUUUGAGCAGUUCCCUGCCAUGUACAAACUCAGGCUCAUUAAGGCAUGUCUUUACUUGCACGAUCUGAUUCAGCAUAAAAACCCACACAAAUAGGAAUGCACUUUAAAGAUGAAAACAAGAUUUGUAUUUACCUUACUUAAAGUGUAAUGGAGGUAAUACACCUCCAAGUUAUUUCAUUCAGGUAAAAAAGGCAAAGAUGGAGAGACAGAAGAACAAAAGUUGCUUAUUUCAACAAUAGCUUGAAAAGAGUUACAGGAGAAUUACAGUCAAUACAUUGAAAGAAGACAGUAGGAAAAAGUUACCAAUAGUUAUUCUUCUAGGUGUUGAAUUUCAAAGAAGUAGAAACUUGGUAAACUUGUUUAGGUAUCAGCUGUGCACAUGCAGGGUUAUGUAUGUCAAAUGCCAGCCUUGUACAAGAAAGGUGUGAACAGAUAAAUUGGAAACCAAGAAGAGUUACAGUUCUCAACUUCUCAAAAAUGAACAGAUUGUGUUUAAAAGAAAAAGGUUUCUACAGCUGCUGCUGAAGAUUCACUUCAAUUCAGAGCCACUGUAAUUUUCUCUGUAAAUGAGAAAAGGAGUUUAGACCAAAGACCCAGUUUUUUUUCUUUUGCUUUGUCAGAUAUUGUGAGCUCACAGGUUUUACUACUUUUCAUAUUUAGUUUGAAUCUAGAUUUGCUAAUAGUACAUACUGUAAUAGCUUUUGUAAUGUUUUUAAUACACCAAAGAAAAUGUUUAUCAUCUAGAGAUUGCUACUCCAAUUCCACUUGCAUUGUUAUACUUUUAACUUCUACUAUGAAUUGUGGAAAAUAAAGCUCCCUCCCCAAAGGAAAAAAAAAAAAAAAAGGAACAGUAAGCUUUGAAAUACUGCAAAUAAAUCUUUAGUGGGCUUUGGUCAUUCACCUCCUUGAAAACCAUCAUCAACUUUCUGAUAGGCCAGUAAUGGUUUAACUUCCAGACAAAAAGAGGAUAUCUGCUGCUUCUGACCUUCCUUCAGGUCCUCCUAGCACAGAAGUAACUGUAGCGUAAUUUAAGCAACUGCUUAAAGCUCUCUGGAUUACUGCAGCCUUCACAUGUGGGAUGGAGGCUUUCCCACACUCUCUGCAGGGCAGACAACUUCUAGACCUGCUCUGUGAGUGUGUCACACACUUGGUUCCUGAACAAGCUUCUCUCUGGCAGGACACCCUACAAAAGUGCUUGCAGCUGCUUUGUGUUGCUCAGACCUCCUGCCAGAUGUGAACCAAUUCUACACAGCACGUAAGCUGCUCGGGCCUGGAAUACCAAGAAAAGAAUGUCAUUUUGUGCUGGUCUGUUAGUAACACUGCAGUAAUGCAGAAGUAUGCUUUCAGAUGUCAUUCUGUGAAGGAUGUGAUGAGAAUGCUCUAUUAUGUGGAGGCCACCUUGUGGCAUUAUGGAAGUAAAACCCAGAUGUAAAAAAACAACAGCAUUUAGACUGCAUAUUUGCAACAAAUAAGGAUUCUAAACUGCUUACAUUUUUAGAACCCAAACAUCACACUGAUGUGUCAUUCUAGCCUCAUGUGAAAUGAUUACAGGUGCUGUAACACCUGUACAAGUAACAACACAGGAAUCUGAGGACGUGUGUAGCACCAUUCUGUGGGUCAUAGCUUAUUACCAAGUCACCUUAAUGAAUGCUGCAAUUAUUAAACCUACUGCUUGCAUGGUUAAUGCACAAUUGCUGCUUAACAGACAUGUGGGGACAAAUUUUUACAGACAAUAGGAGCCGAUGAGGAGUGCAGUCAAAGUACUGUAAAACUGACUUCCAGGUUAUCAUCAUGUUACAUAUUUGUUCUGCUUGCAUGAGGGAGUCUGGAAAUUCUUACAAUAGGAAAAUUAUGUUCCUUUUCCUGGCUCUUAAACUGUGAAUUAAAUUUCCUCCACUGAAGAAUGAAUUUGAAUUUUGAGUUCAGUUGCAACCAGACAAAAUUGGCUAUCAUCCUGCAAUCUCAGUAUCAGCAUUUGCUAUCUCCUAGGAUAAGUGUGCCAAAGUAGAGUAUCCUGGUUUUGAACGUCUAAGGCGAUGAAAACAAUUCAUUCCUGAAAAAAAAAGUCCUGAAGAAUGUCCAGUCAGUUUGAGGUGAAAGCAAACAAGGGAGUAGGGGAAUGUUAUCUCUCUGACACAGGAAAGUCCCCAAUCUUACAUGCUGACUCCAUGCUAUGAGGGUGGACAUGUUGGAGAUGCAGGAAUUACUCUGACAACUGCAGAGUUCACAGGGGAUUAAGAGAUUUUCUGCCCCAAUAUAAAUCAUUUAGAUUGCCAAAGACAUCUUAGGUCAUUGAGUCCAACCAGUAACCUGACCCUGCCAAGUCCACUAAACUGUAUUUGUAAGCAUGACAUCUCCAUGUCAUUUAAAUACUUCCAGGAAUGGGGACUUCACCACAUCCCUGAGCAGCCUGUUCCACGCUUCACAACGCUUUUGAUUAAGAAUUUUUCCUAAUCUCCUAUCUAAACCUCCCCUGGUGCAAUUUGAGGCCAUUUCCUCCUGUCACUUGUUACUUGGUUGAAGACGCUGAUCCCCACAUUGCUCCAACUUCUUUUCAGGUGGUUUUAGAGAACAAUAAGGUCUCCUUGGACCCUCCUUUUCUCCAGGCUAAAAAACCCCAGCUCUCCAUCAGCUGCUUCUUAUGAGACUUGUGCUCCAGACCUUUCAUCAGCUUCACUGCCAUUCUUUGAAUGGAAUCUGUUUGAAGCAGACUGGUAUUCUGCAGCAACUGAGGACAGCCUGUGCGCUUUCUGCCCCGUCAGAGACUCUCUCAGGGCAUCUUAUGUUCAAAAGAACACAAAGACUGUUGCUGAGCUCAGGCUGCAAUCCUGACUUUUCUGUUAUCAUUUCUAGUGCAGCACAGUAAAUUGCCAGUAGAUGGCACACCACAAUAAUUUAUUUUUUAAAAUGGUGCUGAAAGAAAUAUGCAGCACAAUUUUUGUUAAUUUUGUGUUUAAUCAUAGUAAAGUUCCUUGGGUAGGAGAGAGCUCAGUAGAUGAGUUACCUGGCUGUAGCCUUUGACAGUACCUUUAUGCUGAACUCUUCCAUCUUUCUUCAGUUUGUGUAUUCUCAUAAAUGUGCUCACUUUGCUGGGCAUUUUGGUUUCUUCUCACCUCUAAUUAGUUUAUCAGAAACCAAAUAGGAUGUAGCUUAUGAGUGUUCCAAUGCACAUGGAGUUCUUAUUUAUUCUUUGUGUCAGCAAGGAUUGUAUUUUUGCCUCCCCCAAACAUUUGUGAACCAGCAUUACUCAUCCAGUGUGUGGAGUGUUGUUGCCUGUGUAUCUAUAUCGGGGGACUGACUCAAAGAUUAUGGUAAGAUUAGAGGCAGGUGGCUGAAGGUGCUCCCUGCUUGUCUGGUCAAAGUCAACACCUCUGCAUAUUCAGCCUGAGUCACACACAAAACAGAUUUUUGGACUGCUGUCAUUUGUGGUCCAGCAUCUGUCUGGUGUAUUACAGUAAACCAAUUUCAAUAACAAAUCAUCUUCAUUUUCCAAAUCAAAUAUUUAAAUACUAGCCAAGGUACUAUUAGCUUUAUGGAAAGAGAAGUUUUCAGAGCAAUUACACUGAAAUGUUCAAAGGUGAAUUAAAUGCUUUACUAAUGGUGACCUGUAAGCAAAAGACACUUAGCAAGUUCUGCUAGCAUUCUGACUCCAAAAAGGAUUAAUCAAAAAAUAAGUUCUGCUACCUUUUUUGCAAACUCCUUUUAUCCUUGGGAGAUUAAAAAACUCUCUUACAGUAUACAACAGCACCCCAAGCCACUUACUUCAUUGUAAACAGCUGUGAUGAUCUUGGGAUGCUGAUGAUGCAUUCAGAGGGAUUUAAUAGGUUUCCUCUGCUUUUUUGGUUUGUAUGUGAAACCAAAGGUGACAAGCAUCUGGAGACACAGAUUUCAGUGCUACCAGUGUGCUGGCAUUACAUUCAUCUAGGCCUUCUCUUUGUUCAAACCAUUAGGGGCUGUCAGCUCUCAUCCAUCUGGCUGACAGUUCUGUAGUGUUAGCAGCAGCUGGUUGAAGCAACUCAGACAAAACUGAAAAUGUUCUUGUGGGCAGGGUAGAAGUUUUCAGAAACUUGCAAUUUUCUACGUAGCUGCUACUCAAGGAGUGAAUCCAUCAAUGAAGAGACAACUACAAAAUUUGGAGGUCAUUCUUGAUUGCUUUUCAAGUUCAUAGAAUUGUUUGGUUGUUUCCAUUGAACUGAAACUGUUAUUUGGCAGUUCUGUCUUUUGAUGAAAGAUUCACUUGAAAUCAAGCUGCAGAAACAACUUUGCUAAAAGUAAAAUUCCUUCCAGAAUAAAAACAGGUAGCAUCUCCCAGCUGAUGUACUAAUUAUUUUGAUAAAUAUAUACCUGGAUGUUUUUAUGUCUUUGUUUCCAUUUGUACUACUGUUGUUCUGUGAUUUUUCUUUUUACCUAGAAGACAAACAAGCACAGCACGAUAUCAAAACUGACAAAAUAGCAUUGUGCAAUCCACUCAAGCUGCUGUUGUAGCUAGUCUUAACCAGAAAGAGGCAGUAAUUAACCAAUUUAAUUUUUUUCUCAGUUGUGUACACUUAAAAAUAUGGUAACUGAUAUAUUUGAAUGAAAGAGAACUUUUAAUAUGUGAAGAAGUUACAUCUUGAGAGGACAAGGGACUACUAACCUAACACUGAAAAGGGUGCAUGCCAGUGCAGCUAUUGGAAAAGGCAAGAUGCUGCUUAAUUAACUUCUCAAUUUGUUAAAAGGAUGAUAUAUAUAGAGAGAGAAGCUUGGGUUGGAUUAUGAAAGAACGAAUAGGGGGGUCUUUUUCUUUGGGUUCUCCAAGGAUUUAAACCAAGAAACUGUAUUAUAUAGGUUAUAAAAACAAAUUAUUAGGAUGAGGAAAUCCUUAAAACUGGAUGGCAUGCUCAUUCAUACUGUGGUCUGACAGUAUCCUAAUACAGUUCCUUGAGGAUAUUUUUUAAAAUGAGCACUUUUACACUAACUGCAGGAUAUGUC